AUGCCCCCAGCUGAUGAUUUCGAUGAGGCUAUAAGACUCAGUCUCGAUUCCUACAACGACGAGAAAAGAGAGAGAGAGGAUUAUGAGAGGGAUCUCAAGCGUGUCAAGCUCGAUAGCCAGCAGAUGCUUCGUCGCGGUGGCGCUCAUGCUCAUGAUCAUGAUUCCGUCAUCGAUAGCAGCCACGAUGACGCACACACAGCACACAACCUACGUAUCACCCAACCAAUCACUUUCAAAGCAUCUCCGUAUUCUUUCCACCCACCCUUCCUUUCUCCCCCCAUCAGAUUCGAUCUGUGGACUGAUGCGUGUGUUCAAUGCUCUUCCACUCGCUCACGCAUUGAAAUCACCAACAUACUCACUAACUACUUCCGCAUUCUUAUUCGCAGUGAUGUUGAUUCCCUCCUACCCUCUCUCUGGCUCUUCUCUCAUCAACUCGGCCCUCCGUAUGAGCCCAACGAACUCGGCAUUGGCGGCCACGUUCUCAACCGCUCUCUCAAGGAUGUCACCUCUAUUUCCCCCUCCAAACUUCGCCAGCUGCACCACAAACUCGGCGAUAUCGGCGACGUUGCCUUCGAAGCCACCCGCAACCGCAUCUCCGUCAUCGAGCCAAAGCCCCUCACUGUCGACGCCGUGUACUCCACUUUUCUCUCCAUUUCGCAGCAGAAAGGACCCCGGUCCCAGGAAACCAAGACCAAUCUUGUCAAAAAGCUCCUUGUCUCAGCCAAGGGUGAGCAAGCACGCUAUCUGUUCAGGUCGCUAGUGCAGAAUUUGCGCAUUGGCGCUGUACGCACGACGCUUUCGACAGCAUUAGCGAGGGCGUUCGCGAUGCACUACCACGUCAGCAUUGAGGAGAGCGAGAUGGCAGAGGUGGUGGAAGCGACAGGAAAGCGCGCGCGAGAUGGCGAGCACACGCGGCGUGUUGAAGAGAAGCUCACUGGUGCUGAGAAGGUGGUGAGGAGGGUCUACGCUCGCCAUCCUAAUUACAACACCCUUGUGAAAGCACUGAGGGAGAGUGGACUGGAUGGGUUGGAAGAUUCCGUGCCUGUUAGUGUUGGCACACCCGUACAGCCCAUGCUCGGCGCCAUCACCCGCUCCUUUGAUGACGUUCUCACUCGUCUUCGUCACAGACCUUUCACAAGCGAGGCUAAACUGGAUGGGCAGAGAUGUCAAUUGCAUGCGCGUGUUCUCAGCGCUAGUGAUACUCUUUCGGAAGAAUACGUGUGUAAAGGUUGGAAAUCAUCGCCAUUCGAUAGAAUUGGCGAACAGUGCAUGGUGUGGAUACGACUAUUCUCAAGACGACUGGAAGACAUGACAGAAAAGUACCCCGAUAUAUGCCUGAGUGUGUUGGAGAUGUUCAAAACAAACCCCUCCAUCACGUCGUUUGUAGUGGAUGCAGAAAUCGCAGCUGUCGACGACACAGGCAGGGUGAGGCCAUUCCAAGAGCUGGCAAACAGGAGCAGAAAAGCGGUGCAGAUGGACGAUGUGCAUGUCAAAGUCGCCGUGUACGCCUUCGACUGUAUGCUUUACAAUGGUGAGCCGCUCCUCGACAAGUCGUUCAGAGAGCGCAGACAAACCCUGCGCACCAACCUCGCCCCCUUCACUUUCGGGAACUGUGCAAGGUGGGACCAUGUGCCCUCUACUGAUGACACGCAUCUCGAUGCUAUCACUGCUUUCUUCCACCAGUGCAUGUCGAUGAAGGCCGAGGGAAUAAUGGUGAAGUUGCUGGACUACUACGAGGAGGCGGAAGGAGAUUACGGAGGGGACCACGAUGCAGACGAAGACACGAAAAAGAAAUCGCCUUCAAAACAGAAAGCCCUGCCAGCUACAUACGAGCCUGACAAACGCGCAGACAGCUGGCUGAAAGUGAAGAAAGAUUACAUAGCCGAGAUAGGCGACAGCAUGGAUCUUGUCCCGAUUGGUGCUUGGCACGGUAUGGGGCGCAAGAACAAAUUCUGGUCACCGAUUCUACUCGCUGUGUACGAUGACGAUGAGGGUGCUUUCACUGCUGUGUGCAAAUGCAUGUCAGGCUUCAGCGAUGCUUUCUACGAUAGUCUCAAUCGGGUUUAUGCAGAAGACGGCCCUAAUACUAGCAGCACACCUUUUGCGGGUGUGCAAGUCGGAGACCUCAAUCCGGAUAUUCACUUCAACCCUUUCCAAGUGUGGGAAUGUAGAGGUGCUGAUAUCACACAGUCACCCGUAUAUCCCGCCGCAAAAGGUAUGGUGGGGGAGAAGGGUCUUAGCAUACGCUUCCCGCGCUUCAUCCGUUGUCGGGAGGAUAAGCAUGUCGAGCAGGCGAAUACGGCGAGCGAUCUCGCACGUAUGUAUCAGUUGCAGGCAGAGUGA